GAGAGAGAGAGAGAGAGAGAGAGAGAGAGUGAGUAGGUGAGGGGGGAGGAAUAACCAAAACGCAACACGUAUCCGGUGGGAUCCCACUCCUGAGAGAGAGAGAGAGAGAGAAGCGGCAGGAGUUGGAGCGAAGGGUGCGAGGAAAGCGAGAAGGUAGAGAGAAGAAGACGAAGAGAAGGAGGGAGGAAACAUAUUGUUUUGGACAUUUCGCUCGCAACAACGCGGUUUCCAAUUAACGGAGAGGAAUAAUGAGGAACGUUUGGAUAAUUUUGACCCUCGGGCUGACCGUCUUCCUAUCCGGGGAACGGAUAGCAGACGCAGCCAAGACCUCCUCUCAGGCGGAUGACUUGUACCUGGAUGACACAGGCUCAGGAGGCUACUACCCUGAAGACGACGAUGACUUUAACUCGGGGUCUGGCUCAGGUGGCGGUGAAAAGGUGGUGGUGGCGCUGGAGGAGGCGGUGACUGUCAGUAUGGUUUAUAUCGAGCCCAACGCAGCGGAACCCACCCAGGACGCCACCAAAGAGUUCACGCCCCGGGUGGAGACGGCCACGGUCAGAGAAAAGGCCAAGGACAGCACGCCCAGGAAACCCUUCAGAACAGAGGCCCCAGUGCCAGUCACAGAGGACAUGCAGAGGAACCAGAUGACUAGUACGACUAGUGCCCCCGGCUCCCCCCAGGAGCCCAUCGAGGUCCGCACUGAAAACCUCUUCCAGCGGACGGAGGUGUUGGCAGCUGUUAUUGCAGGCGGCGUGAUCGGCUUCCUGUUCGCCAUCUUCCUCAUCCUCCUCCUGGUGUACCGCAUGAGGAAGAAGGAUGAGGGCAGCUACGACCUGGGAGAGAGGAAACCCUCCGGCGCCGCCUACCAGAAGGCCCCAACCAAGGAGUUUUAUGCAUAAAACCAUACCGGCGUCAGAUCGGCAAAUCGCGAGUGACUGUCAAAAUCGCAGUCCACGGCAACAGAGAAACAACGACAAACAUGUUUUUCAAGUUGAUUUAAGGAAAAAAAAAUAGCAUAAAGGAAAGCUUUUGCUUAGAGUAUUGUAAUUAAGACCUUUUCUUUCUUCUUUAAAAACAAAAAAAUGAAAACCAAGCAUUUCUCAUUUUAUGGCAAAUCUCAGUGUAUUUAAACAUUUUGUGUAUCAUUUGAAAAGGCUGAAAAAAUAGAAAACAGGAUCUGUAAAGGCGAGGAAACUAUUCGCAUCCGUCUUCUGAGCAGGUUUCUGGUCGCUGACUACUUUUAACUGUAGCAGUAUGUUAUUUGUAAAGAAAAAAAAAACAAUUUAAAAGUGGAAAUAAUUGAAUAUAAUUAUUCUGUAUCAAUCCUACUUUCAUUUUUUUUUUUUUUGUCCUAGCAUGUCUGUUGUCGAUCUCUAAAGGUGUAUUACAUUAAUUUAUCUUUUCUCUGAUGUUUAAAAAAAAAAGAAAAAAAAAAAGAAGCCUUUUUGUAGUUUUGAUGAAGCUCUCCGGUCUUCAUAUUAACGCUGUUAACGGUCAAUGUAAAUGUUCUCCCUUCAGGUUACAAUGUUUAUUAUUUGCUCUCGCAUCAGUUUUCUUGUGAGCGUUUCAUUAUACCCUGUUUAUUUGUUUGUUCUCUUCUCAUUGUAGCCUUUUUUUCUCUCUCCUUUUCGACAGCGUUUUUAUUUACAUACCAGGAACAGGUCUUAAAAAGCUAAUAAUAAUAAUAACAAAAAAAAAAAAAAAAGAUAAGCGCGUCAGGGCUAGAGAAAAAAAACACACAUUUUUGCUUCUGUUUGAUUUCUAGUCGAACUUCUUUUCUAUUUAAACGCGUUCUUUUUUUUCCUCCACAUUGCACAAUCACUGCUUUCUGCUUCCGCGCCGCAGCUUUUGAGUGUACGUGUGGCGCGUUCUCGGGGCGACGUUCGUUUCUUCUCCGCGGAUUGUGGCCCAUCGCCACCUCCCUCCCUCCCCAUAUGUGCUCCCUUGAGUUUAGUGACCCAAACUCUGCUCUCCCCACCCUCCCUCGCUCUUCUUAAUCAGAUCGGAGCACGGUCAGUCGAGUUGUCAACUCUCUCUCUUUUUACUCUCCAUGGGGCCACAAGCGCAGCCGGGCUGUUUAUAGUCCCCGUCCCGGCGUUGAUGCUCGAGGCCCUCUUAAGAUCUGUUCAGCCCGCUACUGCUUGGACGCAUACGCACCGGGCCUCCACGGUGCCCACAUGCAGAGCACAUACCUCUGCAGCAAACAUCACCCUCCCCUUUAGAAACCUAUCUACCUAUGGAUUGAUAAAUACGGCUGCACAGAAAAUCUAAGGCUCCAGUGUUGUUUCUGAAUAGCCUUUGGCGAGACACUCGCGUUGAGGGCGACUCGUGUUUGUGUGGUCGGUGGAGGAGUUUCAGAAGAGCUCCUGUUGAGAGACGAGGCUGUUCACCAGGUCUAAAAGCGGAGGGUUGAGCCGAAUACGCGGCCACGGAGCUGCAUCCAAUGAAAAUGCGGCUUACGGCCACAUUACCUUUUUUUUUUUUUUCAUUCUUACGUUACGUCGAAACACGAACUCGCGGGAGUUUUGUCUGGCAGGUUCGUGAAGUUGCCUUUUUUUUUUCUUCUUUUUUUUUUUUUAGCUGUGCAGUAAUGUGAAGUAGAUCCAGCAAAUGCUGUCACAUGGUCCAAACUCCUAACACCACCCACCAGAAGCUGUACAUCAACAUCCUUCACGGUUCUUUCAAUCUGCCCGUGACCCCCAUGUUGAUCCACUAACCAUCCUCUCCUCCCCAUCCCAGUUGUCCGCUCUCGUCAUAUAGCACCUAUAGGUACUGAACUAUACUGAAAAACCCAAAGACUCACAGUAUUUCUACUCUCAGACCCACCCCCCUCCACCAUGGCCACAUCAUGUUGUUUCCUCGUUCUCUUUUUCGUCACUCUUUUAGUUUCUUUUUUUCUUCUCUUUAUUAGAGACCUGACCUUUGAGUCCAACUGCUUAUUAGUAUAUGAAAAGAUAUAUAAAUAUAUAUAAAUGUAUAUUCACAAAUGUUUUAAACCUUCAAAGUGCCUACCAUUUGGAAAUGUACUUGCUCAAGGAGAGCACGAGGCGGGUGUGUACACGACGGAGGGGUGUAAACGACUUGACUGGCAUUCUGUGAGCAUGGAUGACUGUAAUGGUAACUUUUUUUUAGUCUUACAAAAGCUGACAGUAUUGUACCUAUAAGUUGAAACAACACUACUGAAUAAACAUUGUGGCCUAAUAUCC